AAUAAAUCAUCCUUCGCGAUCGGAUAUUCUUCCGAAUACAACAUGGGUAUUUACUAAUAUGCAGCUUUGAGUCUGAAACGGCAGUGCUGAAAUGCAAAAGGGACCUUGCAUAGCUUUGCAUAUUACGCGGCCACUCGAGAGGUACUCUGUUGUUUUGCUUCGAUAGUAGCCACGCGCCCGCCAAGUUUGUUUACUAGUCUCGCUUCCCACGUUGCAUAUGUAUCAUUGGCAAAUUUUGCCCGAUCCUCCUCCCGUCUGUGCGAUUUAUCAACGAUGAUUUUAAUUCCUCCCGUUCCCUGAUACACCAUCGAAGUCCCAUUCUCUUGCGACGCGAAUUUCGAUGACAUUCUGGGCUCUCGUUUUAUGUUGAACGAGUGGGGCGGCAUUCCAAUUGUCGCAAUCAAGGAUUUGAGGAUCGGGGAAUUGACGCAUUCCGGAUAACUUUAGAUUGCAUGCCGAGUCACUCACGCAGUCGGGACCGCUAUCGCGGAAGGGACGGCGAGCGGGAUCCAGACUAUACUCGCAGGAAAUACCGCGAGGUUUACGACGACGAUGACGACGACGAUGAUGAUUUUGAUUACCACCCCCGCGAGCGGCGGCGAUAUAGGCGCGACGACUACCACUAUGAUGCACGAAGACACGAGCCCCGAGACUAUGAUGAUGAUUUGAAUGAAUAUGAUGUGGCUGCGGAGGAUCCUGCGGUGCCGCUUAGAUCGCAUGAUGCGGAAGGGAUUCGGAGAGAAAGGUCUAGAGCACCAGGAUCGCCAGCUCCAUCACCGAGCAAGAGGGAUAGGCGCCGCGACAGGGAGGAAUAUAAAAGGCAUAGAACCUACGGCGACUUUGGUAGUCCUAUACGAAAACCUCGGGACGGUAAGCGUCGCAGUCGGGACGGCCAACGGGAGCGGCCAAGCGAGUUGGACAGGGAGGCGCGAAGGCAGAGGCGAAGGGAAAGGGCACGUGGGGCAGCAGCAAUGAAGCAUAAGAGCAGCGAUUCUACAAACAGCGGAUCUCACAUCUUGAGCGCUGAUGCUUUGGCCAAACUCAGCUCUCAUUACCAGGAAGAAGAUCGAUUGGAAACAUCCCAGGCAGAGAACCAAGCUCGGAUGGAGAGCAAACGUCAGCGCAAGCGUCCCAUCAUUGGUGAUGAACCGCAGACUCUUGCCCCAUUUCCUGAAGAGACACCCCGAGGGCAGUCGAAAGGCAGGAUUGUGUCCGGUGCGUAUCUAGAAGAGGGUAGACACCCGGAAAUGGAGGUUCGGCAUCGCGGAGGUGGCGGUCCAUCAAUGGAGGCCAGAUGGCGAAAGGAGAGAAAUUGGGGUGGAAGUAUGGAAGGCUCUGAUGUACAACCGCCAUUUUGGAAGCGAAAGAAAUGGUGGAUUGUGAUAGGCGUGUUGGUCGUCGUUCUCGCCAUCAUUAUUCCAGUUGCCGUCGUUAUGACCAAGAAACACGGCCAUGAUGAUAAUCCAUCAAGGUCCUCAGACGAUAAUGGCGAUUCGCCUUAUACCUCGAGCUUGGAUGGGCUAAGCCACGACAGUAUUCCAGAAUAUGCCAAAGGAUCAGUAUUGGAUCCUUGGACAUGGUACGACACAAGGGAUUUUAAUCUCACGUUUACCAACGAGACGGUUGGUGGCCUUCCUAUCAUGGGGCUAAAUGCAACAUGGGACGACUCGGCUAGGCCUAAUGACAACGUGCCUCCGUUGAACGAAUCAUUCCCAUACGGAUCGCAACCAAUCCGUGGCGUUAACCUGGGGGGUUGGUUAUCGCUAGAGCCUUUUAUUGUUCCUUCAUUUUUCGAAAAAUAUACCAGCAAGGACGGAGUCAUUGACGAGUAUACGUUGUGCAAAAAACUCGGAUCGUCCGCUGCCUCGAAGAUCGAAAAGCAUUAUGCUUCCUUCAUCUCGGAGCAAGAUUUCGCAGACAUGAGAGAUGCAGGACUGGACCAUGUUCGAAUUCAGUUCUCAUACUGGGCCGUGACGACAUACGACGAUGAUCCAUACGUGGCAAAGAUUUCAUGGAGAUACCUCUUGCGAGCUAUUGAAUACUGCCGAAAGUACGGACUCCGUGUUAAGCUGGACCCGCACGGGAUCCCUGGUAGCCAAAAUGGCUGGAAUCACAGCGGCCGUCAGGGAGUCAUUGGCUGGUUGAAUGGUACAGACGGCCAACUGAACAGGCAGCGCUCUCUUGACUUUCACGACCGAGUCUCGCAGUUCUUCGCCCAACCCCGCUACAAGAAUGUUGUUGCGAUCUAUGGCCUUGUCAACGAACCACUAAUGCUCGCGCUGCCGGUGGAGGACGUUCUCAACUGGACGACUGAUGCCACCAAGUUGGUGCAGAAGAAUGGCAUCUCAGCCUUCGUCGCCGUCCAUGACGGUUUCUUGAACCUAAGCAAGUGGAAGAAAAUGCUAAAGAACCGGCCGGACCGGAUGUUACUGGACACCCACCAGUACACCAUCUUCAAUACCGGACAGAUUGUCCUCAACCAUACAGAUCGGGUAAAACUAAUUUGCAAUGAUUGGUACCACAUGAUUCAAGAAAUCAAUACCACAAGCGCAGGCUGGGGCCCAACUAUAUGCGGUGAAUGGUCCCAAGCCGACACCGACUGUGCCAAAUAUCUUAAUAACGUAGGCCGCGGCGUUCGUUGGGAAGGCACUUUCGCUACAGGCGACUCAACCGCCUACUGUCCCACCGCCGAUACAGGUCCAACCUGCAGCUGUGCCUCCGCCAACGCUCCCCCCUCCGACUACUCCGACGGCUACAAGAAAUUCCUUCAAACCUACGCUGAAGCCCAAAUGUCUGCCUUUGAAACAGCCCAGGGCUGGUUCUAUUGGACCUGGCAUACCGAAUCCGCUGCCCAGUGGAGCUAUAAAACAGCUUGGAAGAAUGGCUAUAUGCCAAAAAAAGCCUAUGCGCCGGACUUCAAGUGCGGUGAUGACAUUCCGAGUUUCGGGAAUUUACCGGAAUUUUAUUAGUUUGGUUUUUUGGGACAUCGUAUGUUUCUAGAUUUCCCCCCUUUUCUUGUUUUGUUUCUGCAUAUACUUGCGUGGUGGGCUCGUUUGCAUGUUUUAGUCCGUUCAUUAUCUGAGAAACGCAAGGCCGACCUCGAGUUACCUACUGUAAAUACGUAUUGAUAUGCUAUUUAUAUUAUGAAGGAUUAGAUAGCUUGACCGAAUAUUCAGUAUAUAU